CCUUAGUUACUUUUGAGAGGUGAGGGGUGAGGGACACGCGCUCACCAUGGCGGUCCCCGUGCGAUUACUCUUAUUAUCACACUUUCUGUGUUUCCUGAAUUUAGUGUUGGCGUUUAACCUGGAGCCAAGGAUCCCCAUUGUCAAGACGGGUGAGCCCACAACCCACUUCGGGUACACAGUAGCCCAACACCAGAGCAUCUUGGACGGAGAUUACCGCAGAACGUCUUGGAUACUGGUAGGAGCACCCAAGGGCGACAACCUACAGCCGGGCACCAACAGGUCAGGGGCACUGUGGAAAUGUCCUCUCACCACCCGCACCGACGACUGUCUACAAGUGCACACGGACGGCUUCAAGAAUCCGGAAACAGGGCUCUACAACUUUGACUAUGAAAAUGAUGUAUUGUCAGAACCCACGGAGGAUGAAAUUAAAGAUGACCAGUGGCUCGGGGUCACCCUCAAGAGCCAGGGACCUGGUGGCAAAGUUUUGGUGUGUGCCCAUCGCUACAUGCACAAGGGCAAGGGAUUCCAGUGGGGCUUUGGUCUAUGUUAUAUUCUUACCCAAUUCCUUGAUGUUGCCGACUACCUGGAGCCCUGUAGAGGAAAGCCUGUUAACGAGGGUCACCUGCAGUAUGGGUUCUGUCAGGCGGGCACUAGUGGCUUGCUGUUGGACGAUGAAGCUGUUAUUGGUGUCCCAGGACCAUACACGUGGAGAGGGACCGUACACACCUCCAACAUCUCCGACAACUUCUUGCUCAAGGACAAGACACAGUACUUUGGUCCGGUCAUAGAGAAUGAAUCUCCCGUGGAUAAAUACAGUUAUUUAGGUUAUUCUGUAGCAGCCGGCCACUUCUUUGGUAACUACAUGUCAUAUGUAGGUGGGGCUCCGAGGUCUAACGAAACUGGUCAGGUGGUCUUUUUCUCUCGUGAAAGAAUUGGUGUAAGUCAGCUACGUGUAGACUUGACACUCAAUGGAGAAAUGUUUGCAUCGAGCUUUGGAUUUGAAGUUCUUGCUGUGGACAUCAAUGGAGACAGGCAUGAUGACCUUAUCGUUAGUGCUCCCUUCUACCACACAAGCCAGGCCAGUGGAGCCGUGUAUGUGUACAUGAACAAUGAUGGAGGCUUCACCCAAAAUCAUCCUUACACAAAGAUUGAAGGUCUUGCACAAGACAAGUUUAUGCAGAUACUUCCACCAGGUACUGAAGGUGUUGCAGGAGAAACCCGUUUUGGCUUUUCUCUGACAUCUCUCGGUGACCUGAAUAAAGAUGGCUACAUAGAUGUUGCAGUUGGAGCUCCAUAUGAGGGUCGAGGAGCCAUUUACAUAUACCUGGGAACUAGCAAUGGCCUACUCACAGAUCCUGCACAGAUUAUCCAUGCCGAGGACAUGCCCGGAAAGCCAUACAAUGCAUUUGGUUAUUCUCUGAGUGGUGGUAUGGACCUGGAUCAAAAUGGCUACCCCGAUCUACUCACGUCCUCAUUCUGUAGCGACCGAGUCCUCCUAAUCAGAGCUCGGCCAAUUAUUGAUAUACAGACUGAAGUAAAUUCUAAAAACCUGGAAAACAUUGACCCAACCAAGAAGGGUUGUACAGAAGACAUUGGAUCAACAGAAACAUGUUUCUCGUUUGGUGCAUGUUUCAAGAUGACCAAUAAUGCAAAUACAAGAACAGGUCUGCGACUCAAAUAUACAAUUGAAGAACGGGUCUAUAAGAACCAACCUAUUGCAAGAGUUCGCUUUGGAAACAGCUUUGAGCGUCGGCCUAACAUGGUGCAGCGGGACAUUGAUCUACGUCCUGAAGACAUGGGGAGGUUCCAGUGCUCCCGUGAAAUUGUUUAUCUUUUGGAUGGGCCAAGAGACAUACUACGUUCCAUCAGAUUUAAACUGUCAUACGAGAUCAUCCAGAGGGAGCCACGGCCUGUCCCUGAGGGGGCUCCUCUGCCGGAUAUUGAUGACUAUCCCAUCCUCAACCAGCGGGAGGCAGUUAAGGAAUUUGAAGCAACAUUCGCUAAAGAUUGUGGCGAUGACGACAUCUGUGUCAGCGACCUCAACGUGGGAGGAAGACUCGAUUUAGAGCAUCACGAAACACAAGACUCCUAUCUCUUAAGACUCGGGGAACAAGACAGCGUCCCACUGCACGUUGAGGUGAACAACACCGGUGAACCAGCUUACCAGUCCACACUACGAAUCACUCAUCACAAGGCUCUUAUUCUUAACCUUAAAGAGUCUCAGGUUGGGAAAUAUGUUUGCUCAUCAACGUCUGCCACAGUUGUUCAGUGUGGCAUAGGGAACCCUCUCACUGACUCCACGGGACCUUUAAUACUAAAUUUCAGAGAGUCCGGACAACCAUUUGAUAAAAGAUUCAUCGUCUUUACGGUGAUGGCAAAUUCUUCCUCCACAGAAAAGACUCCACAAGAUCCUCUACAUUUUAAAGUUGAGGUCAUCAAAAAAUCUGAAAUAUCAAUAAUUGGAUCUGUGACUCCCGAACAAGCAUUUUACGGUGGUGAAGUAGUCGGCGAAUCUGCUAUUGUGAAAGUGGAACAAAUAGGCCAGGAGGUAAUACAUAAGUAUGUAAUUGAUAACCGUGGACCGUGGAGAGUAAACGAGCUGCAGGUGGAGAUCCUUUGGCCAUAUCAGGUGGAGAACAACAAGGAAAAGGGCAAGUGGCUCCUCUAUAUGACUGAUGUGCCAGUUGUUGAUGGUAAUGGUGAAUGUAACAUUGAUCCAAGUUUCAUAAACCCCCUGGGUAGCCAACAGCCAUAUAUAGGCGUAGAUGUGAAAGGUGAAGAAGAAACACCAAUCCACCUGGGACCAGAUAAUGAACAACCUAGUGAAGGAGGACCAACGGAAGAUGUUGUCACAGAUGGUAAUGUAAUGAUCACUAAGAAAAAAACCAAGAAAGUGACAAGCAUCACAACGAUUAGUAAGAAGACUUCUAAAACAUCUGACACAAAAGUUUUUGAGACUACUGAUAGAACCUCAACUUCUGAUGGACACUCUAGUUCAUUUUCAUCAUCCAGCUCUUCAUCCUCAUCUGGUUUUAGCACUUCUGAUAGGGAUGCUUCUAUUGAUCAGGAAGGAAGUGGCUUUAGUGAAAGCGGUGUUCGAGAACACGGGAGAACGCAUUCACGAGUCAGUCGAAGGGUUAUCUCAUCAUCGGAUAGAUCUAAAUAUGGUGAAGAUGACAGUAGAAUUAAUAAUGUAGACACAUAUGGAGAUGGUGAUGUUGUUAGUCAUCAUGAGGAUACUCGUACUUCAUCUAGAACUUCACCCGAUGGAAAAACAAAAUACCACGAAACACACCACGAAAGCCGGAAAGUGACAGUAAAGGAAGAAGUCUCAAAUGAGGAUAUACCACACGGGCGGUGGAGUGACGGAGGUGGAUACAGACAGACAAACACAGAAACAGACUCUUCCGGUUUCAGAACUUCUGAUGAUAUUCCUGACGAUGGUCACCGCCAGUUGGAAAACCGCAGGUCAGGUCACGGUCAACGUUUUGAUGAAAACCGCAGGACAUCUCAGUCAGGUGAAAGUGCACAUUAUGAUGCAAAUGUUGGAGUUACUGGUGAUGAAUUGGAGGAAUCUGGGUCAUCAAAUGUAUACAACAGAGGAGAACAUGGUUGGAGUCACCACAGUGGUACUCAUCGGGUUGAAUCUGUCAACAGAGGUGAGACCGUCAGGAGGACUCAUUCUAGGGGACAAGAUGGUGGAAGUGAUGGCAAUUACAGAAGUAUUUACAGUGAAGAAAAGAGGAUAACUGAUGGUGGUGACACUAGAACAGAAGGUACGAGAACACAUGAUGGUGAAGGGAGGAGGACAGUACAUGAUUAUGGAGGAAGCAGAGGAACCACCGAUGAUAGAUCUGGCUUGUCAUAUGAGUCAGGUAGAGGAGAGCAAAACUGGAAUGUAGAUGAUGGUGCUGACAGAGUGGACAAUGUCAACAGGGGUCAUCAUAGGGUGGAGAGUGUAGAUGCUGGAACACCUACACGAAGAACUGGUGGUUCCUCGACAACCACCUAUACCUAUGAAUCAAGAGGAGGAUUUGAUAAUGAUGAUUAUGAUAAGAUCAGAAGGACUGGAAUUAGUAGAGAUGAUAGAAGAAAAAAUUCUGGCAUUGAAAGAGAUUACACGGAUGAUUAUGACGGACAUCACGGAUCAGGGAGGACGUAUGACAGAACUGAUUCUGAUGGUUCUGGCAGCUUCACCAGGGGCCAUUAUGGUGGAUAUGACAGAACAACAGUUGAAGGAAGAAGAACUCAUCACGAAUCUAAUAGAAAUCUUGAAAAUGAUGAUCGCAAAGUUCCCUUUGACUGGAAUGAAGGAAGAACUGGAACUGAAGGUCGCCGUGAAUACGCCACUGGUCGUGAAAGAACUGAAGUUAGAAGGACAUGGGGUUCUGAUAGUUCUAGAACUGACCAAGAUGAAAAUGUUCAGCAGGGUCAUACUGAUGGCCAUGCAAGAACUUCUGGAGAUGGUGCCUACAGAAGAACUUAUGGCCAAGACUCAAGAGCUGAUGGAUAUGGAAGAUCCAGCUCUUUCUCUUCUAGGCACGGGAGUGAUGUAGGUUCAGGAACAGAUUCAUCCAACUUGAGGACCACCACAUGGGAAUUAAGUUCAGGUUCAGGAGGACAAAACAGAGCGAGAUGGAACGAUCAUUCUUCUCAUCACCAAGGAAGUUCUGAUAAUUGGGACAACUCACAAACUCAUACAGGCAAAAGAAUUAGUCACUUUGAGUCACCAGGUCCAGAUAAGAAUGGUACAUACACACGUGUGGAAGUAGAUCCUGAAACUGGGACAACCACAGUAUAUACACGAAAAGUAUACACCGGUACUUUGCCGGAAAAUUGGGAUCAUAGAAUAUUGAGGGAAGAAGUUUCGUCAACAUCCCCACACAAUGAUGAUGAGCAUAUUAGAAACAAGAGAGAGUUGAGGCGCAUCAAGCGUGAGAAGGAGCUCAUCAUCAAACCACAGGCCGUGACAGAUGCUCAGACGGGCAAGACGAUGCAAGUUGUGAAUUUGAAAUGUGAUGGUGAUAUUCCAACCGCAAAAUGUUACAUUUUCCGUUGCAACAUUCGCAACUUGGGGGCCAAGCAGUCAAGAAGUAUCCGCAUCAAGUCUCGACUAUGGAACUCUACUCUGGUUGAAGACUACCCUCGCGUCAGUUACGUGAGUAUUAAAUCCAAAGGCUCAUUAAUUCUUCCAGAGGACAUUCGUAAAGAUCAAGAUGAAUCUGAUGAUACAGCGUCUGCUGAGACCCUGGCAUAUCCAGACUUGCUCGAUCAACUUCCACCCGAAGAAGUACCUCUCUGGGUAAUAUUAGUUUCAAUUUUUGCCGGGCUAUUAGUUCUUAUAAUUAUUGUUUUAAUUUUAUGGAAAUUAGGCUUUUUUGAAAGAAAGAGGCCAGAUCCAACCUUGUCUGGAAAUCUGGAUAAAGAUGCCAAUGGGUAUUAGAGAUUAUUUAUAAUAUACAGUGUAUAAAUAUUUGUGUUCAUUUACUUGGUCAAAUAAAAUCCCAGUCCUGACAGGCUCCUCCCGAUCACUGGGAUUGGGGACCAGUCCUAAUGGGCCUCAUUCCCAGUGGGUUACAGUCCUAGUGGGCCCCAAUCCUAAUGGGCUUCAAUUCUAAUGACCCCAUUCCUAGAUUUUAGGUUAGACUAGGAGGACUUAUUAAGCCUGGGGCCUAUUUGAGCAGCAAUCCAAUUACCAGUGCCAAUUUAUAUUAAGGUUUUCAUAAAUGAAAAUGUGGCAGAUAAACUUUACAGAAAUAUUUACAAUUCCUAUCAGUGGAAAUUCCUAUAAAAAUUAAUAUUUGUACAUGUCUGUUUGUGAGUGUUUUAUACAGCAUCUCUGUACAUGAACUUGGAAGAGCAGUUCACUCACAAGAAUGCUAGAUCUAACUUUUACAGAAGAUACUUUUAGAAAAUCUUGCGAAUGAAACUUUUCAGUGUGGAGUUGUAAGCUAGUAACUUGCUAGCAAUUGUAUAACUUCUAUUGAAACACCUGACCCUGGAGUUACUACUUAGGGCUUAACUUCUUCUACAAGUGUGUUUGCUGCUGCUGUGUCAUAACUGUGAUGUUCUCCGUGCCUUCACCUCUCGCACUAUCGGAAGGCUAAUAACUUAUAGCUUUUUAAGACUAAAGAAUCUAUGUUUUCUGAAGAAUAUAAUGUUAAGUCUGCUGGAUCUAUUGCUUUUCUGGAUUGUUCACUUCACAUGUCAACUAAAAAUUGUCUUUGUGGGGAGAAAAAUGUUAAUCAAGAUGUUAUUUUCAUACAAAAGAAAUGUACUACAAGAUGUGUGUAAGUGUGUAUUGAAUAUUUUCCUUUAGAUGUACUCAUGAUUCUGCCGAUUGAUUUAGUAACGAGCUGUGUACAGUAUGUGAGAGGUGCAGAUGGUCGUUGUAUGUGCAUGUUACACAACUAUACACUCCUGCUAGUUUCUGUUUGAUAAUUAUUUGCAACAUCAAGUAUAGGAUUGAAUCAUAGAGCUUGGAAUAUAUUUUAGGGCUUUUCUUGGUUGGUGUUCUCUGUGAUGUUCUUGGCUCGCCAGAACUGUGAGAGGAUCAGUUGCUUCUUCACCUUACUACUGGAUUUAAGGUGUUCUUGUUACUGAGCUCAAUUGUGGCAUCAACUUGUAUUGAGUUACCCUCCAGAAUUACAUUUAGUAAGAGAUGAAACACACUUGGAUAUCCCAUUUUUUAAUCAUUAUGCUUGUCUUAGAGUUCAGAAAAUUUUAUUCUUCUCAGCUGAUGAAGUACUGUAUUGACUGAUUUACCGAGGAACCAGAGAUUUUUGUUCAAAGUAACUUUAAAAGCAUUUUUGUUUGGUUAUAAAAAGCGGAAUAAUGAUUUUAAGGAAGUUCAAUGAAAUAUAGCAAAAUUUAUCUUGGAUUAUUUUAACAAGUGAGAAAGUGUAGAAAGCUCAACUAAUAAUUUGUUUUGCUCAUACCUUACUUGUUAAAUCAGGACAUAGGCAAUUGUUAGUCUACUGAGCAUUAGAAACUUCAAGCAAAAUUAACAUGUACAUGUGAGUUGCUCCAGGGGGGAUGAGCUAAGCCACAAAGCAGCUCGAGAUGUGUCACUAGACUGUCUUCAUAUUUUCCUCUUUUGAACAGAAUACUGAGACACCUAGUUUUUCUUUUGUCGCUUGUCUACUUCUCACCUAGAGUGCCUCAGUUGUGUACAUGAGAAGUCGGUGGUGUUGCAGAGUACUGUAUGUAUGUAUAGGGUCAUGUCAUGCACUAUAGGAAAAUUAUGUUCCUCUCUUUUUGUUUUAUUUUAGAUCAACAAAGAUGGGAGAUAAAUUAACACUAGAUGAAUCGGUUUAUUAUCAAUGUAAGGAACAUCCAUAUACAGUGCUGUACCUAGGUGUUAGGUGUUGUAAAUUAAAUCCUUUUUGAACUACAGAACAGUACAGUACAGUAUAUACCAUUCAUGUACAAUAUAUUAAACUGACUCUUUCCUCUAUAUUGUAGUAAUUUUUUUUUUGUCGAUGGUACUAGGCUAAGACCCCCCCCCCCACCAUCUCCUCCGAAUGCGUGAAUUUGUUUGUGACUUUGACAGUUAAUAUUCUUAAUUUCAAACUUUUUUUCCCACUCCUAUCUUGAAAGUUAAUGUUUUGAAGCCAUUAUAUCUUUACAUACAUUAAAUUAGGCAUUAAAAUGAGCCAGAACUUGGUAUCCUUAACAGUUGUAUAUGAAUAUAUUUGUAAUAAAUCAAUAUUAAUCGAACAUUAUGAAUGAGCCAAUGAGCUGCAAGUGGAGGUGAGAUUUGUACUGUAAAAAGAAAGAAAAAAAAGUGUUAAUUCCUCUGCCAACUUCAUAGAUUUUUAAGAUUCCAUCAUAUGAAAAAGAUUAAAAAGAGGACCAUUAAUUUUGCUAUGUUACUGGUACAGUACUUGUAAUACUACUGCCUCAUAUGAUCAAAAAAUAUUCUGAUAUCACAAUUUUUUACUUCACAACUAUUUUGCUAAUACUGUACAGGGUAGCAAUAUGAAUUUUGCUUAUCUUAUAUAUAUAUCUGUAAAGUGAUAUUAGAGUGGAUUUUGAAUGUACGAGCUUGUAGCAAUGUGCUGUAAAUGUACGUUCAGUUGAUUGCAGUUGGUUGGUGCAUUGAUGUACUGUAUUCAGUUAGCGAUUGUACAAUGAAAUAAUGGAAAACAUCAAAAGUUGAACUGAACAAACAUUACUGUAUAUGUAACUGUUAUUGUACAGUAUCUCAAAAAAGGUAUCUGCCAGGAUGGGUCCGAUGACUUCCCAAAUGCUAUAUGUAACUCACGAUGACCCGGGAGGGUUGGUGUGCGUGGCUCUGUGGCUUACUGAUCCUACUACAUCUGGUAACUGAACAUCAUAUUAAUUACACCAAAAUAAAUACACAUUGUGUUACUUAUGUUAAACUAUACAGGGCGUAUCCCAAUAUCCGUAUCCGUCAACCGUGGUCUCAUAAUGUUUCACACAGUGUGGAUGGAUACUUUUUUUAGAUACUGUACAAUAAGAGUUCAGUACACUUGUAUGUACAGUACAUUAUGAGUUGAUUAUGUUGAAUUCAAUGUAACUGGAUGUACAAAAGUUGACUGUAUUUGAAUGUACUGUACAUUGUGCUUACAGAAUAUACAUACAGGUAGUUGUGGUUGUCAACUGUACUGUACUAGUAAAUGAAUGAAUGAGUGCUUGUUGUACUUGGUUGUUCUGCUUCUCUUUACCUGUAAAUACCUGUAUAUAUACUGUAUUUGGUGACAUUUUUGUCAGUUUUUUGUAAACUAUUGUCAUGAUUUUUUUUUGUACAAAGUGUAUUUUUGUCAAGGGUUCAUAAUCUUUUGCCAUUUAUUCUUUUUUGUACAAAGCAUAAUUUUUUUAAGAGCCACUUAGCUAUUGUCAUAAUGAAUAUUUCUUGUACAAAAAAGGUUUUUGUCAAGAGUUUGUAAACUGUUGUCAUUAAGAAUUCUAUUUUGUAUGAAGUGUAUUUUUGUCAAGAGUUAAUGAAGUUUUGUUGUGAAGAAUUUCUUUCUUUAUGAUCUGUUGUAGUUAAUGAUUCUCACACCUGCAUAUUCUUUAGGAUCUCACUGUAUAUAUGGUAAGAUUUACCUGUGUGAUAAACCUUUCACUGAGUUCAACUCUUUUUUUUUACAGAGGUAAUCAGUGUACUUAUAAAGUUUAUAUUUGUUGAAAAUCAAAGGAUUUUCUUUCUAAUUGUGCAAGAUGUAAUGUAUAAAUGUUCAGAUGCAUUGAGUGUUAUAUUUGUAUAAUAAAACAAAGUCUAACAAUUAA